AUUAUGCAUCUCUAGCGACUUGCAUUGACCGCAUCUUCCCUGUAGGAUCAGAGGGAAGCGCGCCCGAAUUUGCUAAGCCCCCAGAAUGACCCGUUCAACUUCUACCAUGACCUUGGGCAGGAUCUAUCAUCACCAGGACGACUCGCCAACAAUCGUCGCCGCAGCGAUCAACUGGAUGUGGCUCUGUGCGGACUCAGCGCACAUGGCCCACGACUGUCGCCACAAGCCAGAAAUCCCACAGAUCGCCCGACACACUCCCCGAUAGAGUCGGCCACAGAACAGACAUCAAUUGCGAGCGCGACUCAAGCAAUCUCGAGAUCGAGGCAUUCCCACUCCCAGCCUCUCCUGCCUAGCACUGUGCAAGAGUCGCAGCAUAGGAAGAUGCCCCAGUCCUUCUCCCCUUCGGUCGGCGGCACCAUCUCCGAUGGCGAUACCCAACCGCUUGGAUCGUGGGUCUACAAAGAGUUUGCUGCAAAUGCGGCGACUUUUAGCGAAGGGAAUAUAGCUGGAGAAGCUUACGGAGCGAAAGAGAUUCGUACUUCGUCACCCCCGCAGACCCUCGAUGAUGGUACGAGCCAGAUAGACCUGAUGGGAGCCUUUGACGGGGGAAAGUCCCAAGCAAACAAUACCAAUGACAAACCUCAACCAUAUGAUUCAUUGGCCUUGGAGCGCGGUGGAUUCAUGCCGGUUACUCCUGGGCCGGUGCCAAACCAUCUGAACUUUUCGGAGGAAGUCCAGAAUUUGGCAGACACACCAAGACUGCCAUUCGACAUAUUUGGUCGUAAGGGAGCUACGCCAAAUGGUAUCAUGCCAUUGAGCCAGUUAUUCAAGCAAACACAAGCACCUACGUCUCCAGUUCAACAUGGACCCUUUUCCGACCCUGAGCGACCAUCGCCUGACAUCCAUAGAAAGUUCAAUUCACCUGGCCUGGCUGCAAGUUCCUCGCCCUUAAUGCCUGCGCCAAAUCGGAUGCGUCACAUCAUUGGCGAACCAUCGAAUGACUAUGUUUCAAUGAAAGAUUCUCAGGCUGAACGUGACCGACAACAGCACUCCUCAGAACGGGACAACAACUCCUCUGACGACGAAUUUGAUUCUUGGGAGGAACGUCAAGCUCGGCGCCGGAGGCAGGCAAAAAUAGAUGCAAAGAAUACAGAGGCUCUCAAGGCGAUAACCGUCCCACGGCGACAUUCUAGUGAACAGGCACAGGAGAGAAGCAGCGGGCGAGUCUCUGUCCAGAGAGAAGCUGAAAAUAAAGCAAAUUCUCAAAGGUCUUCCUCCGAGCCUGUUGAUGGCAACAGUGAUACGGAAAAUGAGGGCGAGAAUGGACUGCAAUCUGAUCCGGACGAGCAGGAUAUCGACCGAACUGAAGUGCAAAUACCAGAUUCCACAAAUCGUGAUCGAAACCAUCAAGUCACAAAUUCUCAUGAGACACCCACUGUAUCUCGCCAUAGCAGGUCGACAUCAUUGCGUGCAAAUGCAUCGCAGCGGCGCUUCAAGGGAGUACAUCAAAAUGGAGCAUUACAUUCAUCGUCCUAUUCGCAGGAUGAUACGGUACAGACUUUUGCGGUUGCGGAUUCUCAGCCCUCUAUAUCGGCGGCCAAAAGCCCCCUGGCCCGUUCAUCACCGCCACCACCAGAUACUCCUGCGCUACCGUCCUCUGUCGGGUCUUCUUUAUUUGUUAGCCAGUCCCAGCCAGAUAUUCGUCUACGGGAUGAUAAAGCCCGCAAAGGAGAAUAUUUGAUGCCGGCAAAUAUCAUCAGCUCAUCCCUUCCCCCGCCUCUUACACACAGCAGCCCGACAGAAAAGAGUACACAGUACAACAAUGACCGCCUUUUUCGCGUUUCCGAUGAAGUCAAGGACCAAGAAAGGCGCGGUGCGAAGCCAAUGCUGCAGAAGGGCGGUGAUAACCAGGGACCAAAUAUCAACAAUAUCAUAUCUGCUGGCACUGUUCCACACCAUCCUGCGCCGGCGCAAUUACCUGGAUGCCAUGGGAAUUGGAAUACUCCAAGUGGUUCACAGUGCUAUUCGUCCAGUGUCGAUCGCAUCGAUAAUACAAACACAACCAUACCGGAGACCAGUCCUGCGUCCAGCCGGUACCCACAGCAAGGUUCAGUUCCUGAGGUGAACAAGCUAGCUGUUGCUCGAAACUUCUCUUCACGGGCAAUCAAGGAUAGUGUCGAAAGCGCUGAAACCGAUUCCUUUUCAACGUCUAAGAGGUUUUCGUUUCUACAAGGAACCGGAAACAGCGAUUUUGAGACUGCAAAAUCACAUAUCAUGCCAUCAAUUGAGCAGGGAGCUUUGGAGGGCAGGAAUCCGCUGUUAGCCUCAGAGUUUUUCCCUCGUCCGAGAAGAAUGGGCGAGAUUGCAGCAAGCCCCACGCCUCCACGGGAUUCUCUGCCCGAGAUAGACCUAGAUAUCUCUGUGAUGUCCGAGCAGGACCACGAGUUCCAAAGGGUCAUCGAGGGAUCCUCACCUGUUGCACCCUCUCGUAAACGAAGAAGAGUAAAUGGCAGAGUUCACGUCGCGAGCGAGAUUGACUCUGACCCUGUAAUGAGCUCUGAUCCUAUCCAAGCUCCAAUGGACGCUCCGCAAGAACAAAUCAGAGAGAAUCUGGAAGAGGAGCUUCCAGGCCCAACCUCCAAUAAACCAGAACCUCUUCAGGACGCUGCAUCUUCGAAGAAUGCUGCAUACCCCAAGCGCGGGGGUUCAGCUUAUCGCACCAAACUCGGGAAGAGCAAUGCGAAGAAGAUUAGACCUCCACAAAAUCUGCCACCGGCAGCUCGUAACCCUGAUAUUGCACUAGAUCAGCAAUGCUCUGGUACGGAGACAUUGGCGAACGGGCGGGAACAAUCUGAGCCUCAUUUCAAUUCCGCAGCCGAACAAAGAACUUCGACUUACGGAAUCCCAAAUGGCUUGGUAGACGUAGCUGCAGCCGGUGACGAGCAAGUCCAGGCUCCAGAUCGUGUCUUUGCCUUUUUCAAUGGGAAAAGUCUUCCCGCAUUCUACCCAGCGUCUUGCUUGUCAGUGUCUGUAGAACCUAAAAUGCAGGACAGUCAGUAUGAAGUUCGGUUCGAUGAUGGUUCUUUAGUGGCACUCGAGAGUCACAAGCUUAGAUCGCUGGACCUUCGUGUUGGUGACUUGGUUAAAGUUGACUUCCCGAACCUCCGAAAGCAGAACUACGUUGUUGCUGGAUUCCGCGAGAGGAUGGACCUUACAUCCCGCAACUCUACUCCUGCAGGGCAAACAGGCUCUGGAGCACAAGGUAACCAGCGCUAUCCUAUUACUGAUAUUCGCGGAUACUCCACUGUAGCUCUCGUGCCAAAGAUUAAGGAGAGCGGGAAUCAGAGAUCACCUUUGACAGAGAGCACCGGGACGAUCAGCGUUCCAAUUGGGUCCAUUUACAUCACCAAUUCCAUGUUUGCUCAGUUCAAAGACCGCCUGUAUACCCCCUCAAGCAGAAUUGCGUCCAGACCAAGCCCGGCCGUGGAGACUGCGGGACCAACGACUCCUUCAUCUCGUUCGAGACGGACGACGCUGCUUCUGCAAAGUGCAAGCAUCAAAUCGGCAAAGUCAGAGAUCUCUAGACCAACGAGUAAUCUGUUUUCCGGCAUGGCUUUUGCAGUGACAUUUGUCGACGAUGACGAUGCCAAGAAGCGGAUUGUUAGACACAUUGCCGACAAUGGAGGACGCCUCCUGGUCGAUGGGUUCGAUGAACUCUUCCAUAUCGACAGCCUAGAAGCUGGCAGCGAUUCUGCUGCUGCUCGACCAAGUGAUUCUCCGAACCCAUUCCGGCUUACACCAGAAGCAGAAAAGCUGGGAUUCGUCUGCCUCAUCACCGAUAGACACUCUCGACGCGCAAAGUACAUUCAGGCUCUUGCCCUCGGCCUGCCUUGUCUCGCCGGAAGAUGGAUUGACGACUGCAUUUCAAAAACUAGAAUCAUCGACUGGCAACCGUAUCUCCUGCCAUCCGGCGAGUCGAGCUUCCUUGGUGGUGCUAUUCACUCCCGCAUCCUUCAGCCAUAUCCUGCCGACACUGCCACGUUUGCUGCCACCGUUGAUGCGCGGCCCCGGCUCCUCUCUGGCCGGUCCGUCCUGCUAGUCAUGGGUAAAGGAAAGGCCGAAGAACGACGUAAAGCGUACUUGUUUCUCACAUAUGCCCUUGGGGCCAGACGCGUAUCCCGAGCGCCGAGUCUGGACGCAGCUAAGCAGGUGCUUAUUGCUGCAGAGACGACCGCUUGCCGCUGGGACUGGGUAUAUGUUGAUGAAAAGGAUAAAGGUGUAGAGAAUGUCCUUUGGAGCGGCAACAACAGCAGCGAAAAGCCACGUGCCGGAAGGAAACGCCGACGCGGGGAGGCUCUGCCCCUGACUACGCCGUUUGAGAAUAAUGUCAAGAUUGUGGGCGACGAGUUUGUCGUGCAGAGUUUGAUCCUAGGAAAGUUGCUCGAAGAGUAACGUCACCUCGAGUUGAAUAUGGAGCAUUCGGAUUCUUGAAUCCUCACACGACGUCUCUUGGCGCUCUCGUCAGAUUGUAUUCUUGUAAUACGUCUUUUUCAUUUCCCUCUCCGGCAUAUUCGCUUUCCUUGUCUCUCGCUGGCGAAGACAGGCAAUAUCCUCAAUGUUUCUUUUUUUUCCAUGUUUUCUUAUGUCUCUUAUUCCCGUUCCUCUCCAUCCUUCUAUCCUCUUCCUCUGUCUCGUUUCCCUUUGCUUGCCAGUCCUAUUUUCCUGCAUAAUACCAAUUUACCAAACGGCAUGCUGCAUUUUUUCCUGGGGAUAUCAUUUAUCACGGUUAUGCGCAUGAAGUCUAUUAUCUUAGUCUGCUCCGAAGUAUACGCGGAUCGUGUUUAUCGUCACGAUAUGGUGGUUAUGCGUAUAGCUUUUUAUCAUCACAGCUAAUGGAGAGAUUUCUUUUCUUGUAUCAGUACAAAAGCAAUACG